AUGGUGCAUGGCGCAGCUUUGCCUGGAGUCAUUCUCUGGGUGGUGUUCGGUGCGACUUCAGAUGCAGUGGAUCCUGCCGCAACAAAGGUGCAUGAGCUCACUGGCAGCAAUUUCGAUUCAACUGUCCGCAACGGCCACGAGAUGCCAUGGUUUGUGAAGUUCCAUGCGCCGUGGUGUGGGCACUGCAAAAAGUUGGCCCCGGUGUGGGAAAAGCUCGCUGAGAAGCUGGAAGGUACGGUUGCAUUGGCCAAAGUGGAUGCAACCGUGGAGGAAGGUUUGGCCUACGAGUGGGAGAUCGAAGGCUAUCCUACGCUGAUCCUGGUUUCACACGGCCACCGCUACAGGUUCCGAGGAUCGAGGACACUGGAUAGCUUGGAAGCCUUCGCGGCUGGAGGGUACCGAGAACUUCCACAGGAGUCGCCACACAGCGAGGCCGCAAGAGGCCCUGACACGUUUGGGGGCCACGUUGUGGCACUGUCAGGUAACUUUGACUCGGUGGUAAGAGUGCCAGCCGCGACCGUGCUCGUUGUCUUCUAUCUUCGUGGCUGUGGGCAUUGCAGGGACAUGGAAGGCACAUGGAGCGCUUUGGCCAAAGAGCUGAAGGACAAGGUAGUGGUGGCGAGUGUAGAUGCUCUUGCGAACCGCCCCCUCGCAGAGCUUUGGGCAGUGGAGCGCUUCCCAACCAUCAAGCUUGUCCGAGGUGGACAGGUGUAUGAUUUCGAGGGCGCUCGGACUGUGGAGGACCUGAAGGCCUUUACGCUGGAGGGAUUCAGCUUGCUGGACUCCUCUCCGCUGCCACCACUGGAAGCAGGAACAGCUAAGCAAGGUAACCACACUGCCGCUGCAGGAAACACUCAAGUGAUUGGCUUCAUCCUUGGAAUGGUCUUUGCAGGAUGCCUCUGGGUUUUGUACCUGCGCUUCAGUCGGAGUCCACCUGAGAUCCAGAUGCAAGCCACAAAGAGCACAAAGUCCGCUCGAAUCACCUCGAUGGCGAGGAUACUGAGACGAGCUCCGGCCAGUCACAGGUUAUUCGCCAGUCAGAAGCGUCCUCGACAGGAAGAUACGAAAGGAAUUUCUGCAAGCAAGUCGACUGACUUCGCUGCGUGGUAUACGCAGGUCAUCACGCGUUCUGAAAUGAUUGAAUACUACGACGUGAGUGGGUGCUACAUCUUGCGACCAUGGUCCUUCUUCAUCUGGCAGGAAGUCUCUAGAUGGCUUGACCGCAAGAUCCAAGCGAUUGGUGUUCAGAACGCUUACUUUCCAUGCUUUGUGAGCCAGGAGGCGCUUUCAGCCGAAGAGGAUCAUUUGGAGGGGUUUUCUCCAGAGGUCGCAUGGGUUACCAGAUCGGGGACUUCGGAUCUGACGAAGCCGAUUGCCAUACGGCCGACGAGUGAGACCAUCAUGUAUCCAUCGUUUGCCAAGUGGAUUCGAUCCCACAGGGACCUCCCCCUGCAGCUGAACCAAUGGACCAAUGUCGUGCGAUGGGAGUUCAAGCAGCCGACCCCCUUUCUUCGAACCCGGGAGUUCCUCUGGCAGGAAGGCCACACGGCACAUGCCACGGAGGUGGAAGCAACAAACCUCGUGAGAUCAGCGCUUGAUCUGUACUCGUGCGUGUACACGGACCUUCUGGCACUGCCUGUCAUCAAGGGAGUGAAGUCCGUUGAGGAGAAGUUUGCAGGGAGCGUGUACACAGAAACGCUUGAAGCCUUCAUCCCGGAAACUGGACGCGGAAUUCAGGCAGCGACAUCUCACUACCUGGGCCAGAACUUUGCCAGAAUGUUCGGAAUUCGCUUCGAGGAUGACGCAGGACAGAAGCAGCUUGUGCAUCAGACCUGUUGGGGUUUCACCACUCGCUGCAUCGGCAUCAUGAUCAUGGUCCACGGUGACGACAAGGGCCUAGUCUUGCCCCCACGGGUGGCUCCGACGCAGGCCGUUCUGAUUCCAAUUCCAGGAAGCGAGGGUGCAGGCAUCGAAGCCCGGUGCAGUGAACUCGCGACGACUCUCAAGGAGUGCGGCGUUCGAGCUGAGGUGGAUGCACGGCGGAGCUACACACCAGGCUGGAAGUUCAAUUGGUGGGAGAUGAAGGGUGUGCCUCUGAGGCUCGAGGUUGGGCCCAAAGACAUGGCCCAAGGAACCUGUCGCAUGGUUUGCCGCUUUGACGGCUCCAAGAAGGAUGUAGAGCAGUCCAAGCUUGCCACUUGCAUCCCUGCAGAGCUCAAGCGGAUCCAUGAAGACAUGCUCGAGAAGGCGACCCGGGAGAGGGAUGAGGGAGUUGCCACCGUCGCGCGCUGGGACGAGGUCGUGCCAAUGCUAAACCAGCGGAAGCUGAUCAUGGCCCCGUGGUGCGAGUCUGCCGAGUCAGAAGUGGAGAUUAGAAGUCGAACGAAGGAGGAACUUGAGACUGGUCUGGCUGCGGCCGCAAAUGUCGCAAAACCACUCUUGACUGGCGCCAUGAAGAGUUUAUGCAUUCCGCUGAUUCAACCUCCAAUGCCACCUGGAACGAAGUGCUUCGUGACCGGUGAUCCCGCAAAGAGGUGGGCUCUGUUCGGUCGCAGCUACUGA